AUAUAUUUUAUUUCCAUUAUGAAAAACAAAGAGGGAGGGAAUUAACAGCUGAUAGUUGACUAAAAGAAAAGUAGAGGAGGAAGAGGGAGUACCAAUCUUUUCUAGACAAGGCGACACACAGGAAAUAACAAGGAGUUGCAGUGUGAAAGUGAUGACAAGGGAUAAGGAUUCAGUUAUUUCUGAGGGGAAAAAAAAGUUCUAAUAGGUUACUAGAAAUACACCUGCAAUGGGUUUCAUAUCACCUUUGCUUUGCAGCUGCUUAGUCUGAACCCUUCCAAGAUUUAACUCUUGAAUGAGGCACGGAUGGAAUUACCAAGGAAGGAGUAAGAGACAAGUAACUACUUUCCUUGAAUAGAGACCAGAAACGUCAUUCUUCAACUGUCGUGAAGCGUCCUUGUUGCUGGGGUGAAUGGAUAACUGAAAGCAGGAGUAGUUACAUCAGUUGCCCUGAUCAUGCAAUUAAUCUGUGGUCUCAUUGGAAUCAGAACCAAAGUUUUGCACUGUCAGCUGUUUACUUUAUUCUAUUAAUGCCUUCUUUGCACCCUAACUCCACUCGAAACAGAAGAGAAAAACGUGCAGUGCAACUUCUAAAUCUCACAUGUGGAGAGCGCUAAGAGUUGCAACGGUCCAGUGAGGUGGUGUGUGAAGGGGUGGUGUGCGCAGAUACUUCGAUGGAGGAAAAUCUGGGAGUUGAGCAGACAAGAUGAAACUUGGAGUCUAAAAUGGGUGCCUUCCCUUCAGGAAGGUAGAGAAAUCAAGAGAACUGAGGGCCUAAGGGACGGUGAGAGACCCUAAAGAAGAACAGCAUUUGCGUGUGGUGCGUGCGAAACGGGUCCCAAGGUGGCAGAGGAGCAGCUCCAAGAGCUCCUAACCUUGGAGGGCUCAGGCAACCCCGCGGGCAGCCGGGAUCGAGAGUGCGCACUACAAGUCCCAGAAGCCCUCGCCUCCCAGAGCCCGCGCUGAGCUGCGCAGCGUCCGCCGGGAGCCGGCCCUAACCGCCAAGAUGUCGCAGCCCAGGAAAAGAAAGCUUGAGUCGGAGGGCGGCGGCGAAGGAGGGGAGGGAACUGAAGAAGAAGAUGGCGAAGAGCGGGAGGCGGCCCUUACGCGACCCCGGAUAACUAGGCGAGAGCGGGACCAGCUGUAUUACGAGUGCUACUCGGACGUAUGCAUCCACGAGGAGAUGAUUGCGGACCGCGUCCGCACAGAUGCCUACCGCCGGGGCAUCCUGCGGGACUGGGCAGCGCUGCGGGGCAAGACGGCGCUGGACGUGGGCCCGGGCACCGGCAUUCUUAGCAUCUGUGCCCAGGCCGGGGCUCGGCGAGUGUACGCGGUGGAGGCCAGUGCCAUCUGGCAACAGGCCCGGGAGGUGGUGCCGCUCAACGGGCUGCAGGACCGGGUGCACGUCCUGCCGGGGCCGGUGGAGACGGUGGAGUUGCCGGAGCAAGUGGAUGCCAUCGUGAGCGAGUGGAUGGGCCAUGGACUCCUGCACUAGUCUUUGCUGAGCUCUGUGCCCCACGCGCGGACCAAGUGGCUGAAGGAGGGCGGUGUUCUACUGACGGCUUUCGCCGAGCUUUUCUUGGCGCCUAUCAAAGACCAAAUGCUUGAGUUGCGCCUCGGCUUCUGGAGCCAAGUGAAGCAGGUCUACGGUGUGGACAUGAGCUGCCGGGAGAGCUUCGCCACGCGCUGCCUCAUGCGCCACUCGUAAAUCGUGGUGCAGGGCCUGUCCGGAGAGGAUGUGCUGGCUCGGCCGCAGUGCUUCGCUCAGCUGGAGCUGAGCCGCGCGGGCCUGGAGCGGGAGCCGGAGGCCAGGGUGGGCGGGCGCUUCCGCUUCAGCUGCUACGGCUCGGCUGCCCUGCACGGCUCUGCUGUCAGGUUCCAGGUGACCUUCCCCGGAGGGCACUCGGGGGAACCCCUGGUGCUGUCCACUUCGCCUUUUCACCCAGCCACGCACUGGAGGCAGUCACUCUACCUGAACGAGCCUGUGCAAAUAGAGCAAGAUACAGACAUUUCCGGAGAGAUCACGCUUCUGCCCUCCCCGGGCGACCUCCGUCUCCUGUGUGUGCUGCUGCGCUAUAAAGUGGGCGACCACGAGGAGAAGACCAAAGACUCUGUCAUGGAGGACUGAGCCUUUUCUCCCAGCUACCUUCCGAGGCGGCCAGACCUGCGUGGUAGAGGCGGAGGAGGGUACGGAGAAGAAAAGGAGAUCCCACGUGCAAGUAUUUGACAGUAUCAGCAUGGCUGUAUAUGAUGAGUGAUGUAUGACACUGGACACCCGAUAAUCCAGAAGAAACAAGCAGUUUGGAGUGAGGACACUUGAAAAAGGAUGAGCAUGUGAGGCAAGAACAUCUGGGCACUGUCUAAUCCCUAUGGACUGGUACUGACUGCUCAGGACCAUUUGGGCCACAAGAAAAAAACAGCCCAAAGGAGAGGAAAUCAUGGUGAAAUUCUACCUGCUUUCCUCCCAACAGUUUACAUUUAUUAUGCACUGUGAACUUUCUGAAUAUUUCCAUUAAUUCAGUGGACCAGUGGACAUUUUAUUGAGUGUACAGUGUUAACAGUCAUUGUGAUAAGCACUUGGGAUACAAACCAAUAAAGCAUAUUUUCUGCCUCCAAAUAUACAUUCAUAGGAAAAACUAGAAAUAAAUGAUAAUGGGCUGAAGGCUGGGAUGGUGUACCUGUGAGGGGAAAGGCAGGUAAUAAUUAUCUUCACUUCACUUUACUAGGAAAGAGUUAUAAAGAUACUGAAGGAUCUGCCUAGAGUUACAUAGCUAAUUCCUAACAGUUGAACACAAGUGGUUUUAAUUCCUAACUGGAGAGCUAUCCCAUAGGACUCAAAGAGCCAUCUGGUUUAUAGGAUCUCAAGGUUGACAAAUACUGGGCACUCCUGUGCCCGUUUCCCAACAGAGCUAAACAAAUGGGGUGCUCUUUCUGAGGCCCCCAGGAAACUGCAUCCUCAACCCAGUAGCUGAUGUAGAUGAACUCUGCCAUUUUGACUGUCAGUACUUGGUGCUAGAGAGCAGGGAGGCCUCCUAUGAGGCAGUCAUUUAUUUAAUGAUUUAAUAAACACAAUCUAAGAAUUAUUAUAAAUAAGCAAAUUAUAUCCUCAAAGAACUGGGAUAUCAAUACUUUGCAUACAUUCUUUAGCAUGGAAAGACUUCAGUCCUACUAAAUCUUACUUCUACUGAAGCAAGAAUGAGAAGCCAGCCCUAUUCUCAAUUCCGUCCUUAAUAUUUCUCCCAAGUGUAAAUAUAUUACAUUGAUUAUGAGAUCCUAAGAGAAAAGUUCCUUUAUGGUGUAAGUUCCAAAAAUAGAUGUUUUCUAUAUCACUGGUUUAUUUCAGCUAAUGGACACAGUUGGGUAGAUGACUGUUCUCACAUCGGUUACUAAAAAGCUGAACCCAAGUUUAAUACUCAUUUGUGUUUCUUUUAUUUUAAUAUCUGGCUCCAUUUGCAUUUCCACACCACCAUUUUUUUUUCUUGAUUUAUCCUUUUACACUAAAUACUACAUGAUUUGUUGGAAUUUAUGUAUCUUUAUUCUCUUCUAAUACUUUUGGCAUUAAAAUAUUUUCCUAUUUUCUGAAAUAGCUGCAAAAGUUCUAAGAGUGAGGAGGUUAGAGAAAGGGCGAGAGGACUUUGAGAUAUACCCCAUUUAUUUUCUAUAAAAUUUGGUGUCCCAAAUUGUUCAUAUGGAUAGAUAGCUGAUUCGAUUUCAUCACUUUAGCUAACCUACAGCAUCUUAUAUUUUGUAGAAUCAGGAUUUCUGAAUGUGUGAAAAACAGACAUAGACCAUCUUGAGGGAACCUUCAAUGGUCUGCAGCUCUUUUAAGCCUAGAACAGGCCCUGGUUGAAUGUUACAUGACAGGAGAGUUGUGGAUUGCCUAACCUCUUCCAAAUAUGUGUCAAAAUAGUGUAAAGGGUUGAUAAAGAGGAAGAUGAUAUAAUGGGUCUUUCUCAAAAUACAGUACAUGCUUGCAGGAAAGACCUUUAAAAUGAAGAAUCUGGACUUAACCUAAACACAAAGAGAAUUUUAAUAAAAAUUAUGACAUGUCUCGUAACACUGGAAUUGUGCUCUUUCGUGAGCUUUGAUUUUUUAAAUUCAUUAUUACUGAUAACAACUUUGGAGGAAGACUGGUGAAGAUUUCCAUUGAUUGGGUGCCUUUUUAGUUCUAGAAACAAUCUCUUGUAAUAGACAUUAGCAUACAGAAAGCUGUGUGGGAAGGAAAAAUUCCCCCUCUCUCUAGGCUGCCCCCUGCAAGAAAACUAAGGUGGCAUGGAAGAAAUCCUCUCCACGCUGUUUUAAAUGCUUUACAGGCAUGCCAGCAAUCACAUGCUGUGUGAAUUUGUGAAAACCUUCACAUUUUGUGAUAUACACUAAGAGUAGCAAACUUAAGGGAAAAUUAGUUUGGGUGGACAAACAAAAACCUAUGUAACUAACCAAAAGCAGUAAGAAUACUCAUUAUAAUAAUAAAAAAUAGUUUAAAAAGAUGUCAAUCCUAAUAAAUAAAUACUGCAGUGAAUAAGAUAGAUUGAUGGAAGAGCAAAAGGAAGAGUUACGGAGACAGCAAAAUGCACGAAGUUGGGAAGAAGGCUUAACAUGUCUUAAGAUGUAGAGCAUGUGGCCAAACAGCCAAGAGGAAGAAUGCAGGGUGUGGCACAUUUCUGGUUGACUAUCAGCCUAUCGGCAUUCAGCUGUGUCAACUUUGUGUUUGGUGUUUGCUACCUGGUGGUGGUAAGUAUUAAUGAUGGGAAUGAUCACAUAUGAGUCAACCAACUUUCACAUAAUGUUCUGAUACUGUUCCUCUACUUAGCAAUAUCAUUUGAGUUCAUUCAUUUUACAGAAACACACAUUGUAGCAGAACGUUCUGUCCUUUGUUCAGUUUCAAGAAAUUAAAGUAAUUCAAAACUCCAUUGGGUUUUUUUUCAUUUCUUUUCUAUGCCAAUUUUCUUAAAAGAAAAUGGAAUGGAGGUAGGGAGGCAUAUACGUGGCCAUAACCACCCUUUAGUAUGAAUCUAUGUAGUAUUUUGUCACCAGGAAAGAUCAACAGAAAGAGAAAAGAGAAGUUCUGGCCUAUGUAGAGUGGAAGGAAAAUAGUUGAGCAUUCAGAUGGUGGUGAGAUAGUGGAAUUGAGAAUAAUAGAUGUUUUUCCAGAGUCAGGACAGCAUUAAAAAAAAAAAAAAAGGGCUAAGAGAUCUGAAGUUAGUGAGAAAUGCACAUAUCUGAAGAUUAAGAUACCUAUGCAUACAUUUUGCCAACAUCACAAUAUUCUUUUUCUGAAGUCAUGGGAUGAGAACAUAACAAAGUAUUUUGGUUAAUUACAAACUAUUUCUUAAUUUGAUAUUUGUCCUUAACCUCUCAUUUCAGCUUAAUUUCUAAACCUAUUCAAGGAUUCUUUUAUAUAAGAACUUCCUAAUCCUAUCAGAUUUGUGAACAAAACCUUCUAAACUCUUAUUUUAAAAUACAUGCAAUUUAAUAACAGGUGCCAUGGAGUGGGACAUUAGGUCUUUCUUUUUUUAUUUUUGGAAGCACAGCUUUGCUCUUGGCAAAAUUAUUACACUUAAGAAGCAAGUGUUCUAACUUUAUAUUCCAUAAUGGAGAAAAGAUUAAGAUCUACAAAUGGUUAAAAUUUUCAUUUUAUGCAUUCACUGGAAUCAGACUUUUUACCAGCAAUUCCUAUAAAAAUAACAAGCUGCUUAUUUUAAUGUGAACUUCUCUCUCUACCAUCAUUUAUCAUCUGGUGAAUUAUAAAAAUAGGAAACAUUUAAAUGGUUAAGAAAGUACAGGAAAAGAAUUAAAAAGAGAGGAUUUGGAAAAUCUGCAGAUUAAAUACAUGUCCCUGAAUAAUUGAGAAUUUAUUCUAGUUCAGAAUAAUUAGGAGAAAAUAUAAAGAGAAUAACAGCAAUUACAACAAGGGGAUUUUAAUAUGAAAUGAAAUUAGAAACUACCAGGAAAUGUAUUGUUUGUAAUAAAUAGAAUGUUAGCUAGCUUUGUUUGAAUCCCAAUCAGGGGAAUUUUAUAGAGCCCAGACAUUAUUAUAAAAUAGUUUUACAUAUAAAUUAAUUCCAUGGUAUUCAAUCCAAUAAAAACUGGGUUUGGGAAGGCAAAUUCUUACAUAGGAGAUAGAAGAGUUGAAUUACUGUAAGCAAUCAAAGUUCUUAAAAGUAAAACUAGACCAAUAAAAGAUGGUCAUUGCACCAUUACCAAAAAUAGUGAUGUUAUUUAAGACACUAAAAUGAUAUAUUAUUCAGUGCUAAAAUAUGUGAUAUGGUUGUUAGGGAGAUAACAAUUUUUCAUUUUUUGAUUCAGUAUCAGAUUUAUUUUAUACCAGAUGAUAAUACAUUCAUAGGAAGAUAUAGUGAAAAUAGCAUAUGCUGAGGCUUUAUACUAAAUGAUAUUCAAAUGCACCAGCUACUACUUCUCAGCAUGUAGAAUGUUUUUAUGCAAUAAUGGUAUAUUAAUCAAACUGUGCAGUCACAUUAAAAUCAAUGAUGUAUUAACUUUCUUUACUUCACAUGAGUUAUACAUAAUAAAAUAAUGUUCUGUAAAAAGUGACUUUCAUCCUAAGAAAAGCUCCAUGUAUUUUCAUUUAAAGGAAACUCCUCCUUUAGUCAGACAUGCCAUAACAUACACAUACAUAGCCAUACACAGAGCCAGUCAUGAGACUUACAUAAGCAUCUUUAUUAGUUUUAAAAUCAUUAUUGAGUGCCUAACAUGUGCUACAUGCACUUUAAGUAUAUUAUCAUAUUUACUCCUUGAAAGAGUUCUGUGUAGUACUAUUAUCAAUCCCAUCUUACAAAUGAGAAACAAAGUCAUGGAAUUGGGUUAAUUGCCCAAGGCCACAGGAAGAGAAAGACAAAACUUGGGACUCAUCUAAAGUCUGAGCACCUAACUUUCUAGACUAUAUAUCCUAUCUAUGAUGCCUGGGCUCUCAGGUGACAUUUAUAGACAAUUAAAAUAGACUGGUCAUUAUUUAAAGGGGAAAUCCCUAAAAGCAGACCUUGAGACAAGGAUACACACAAAGCUGUUUAUCAGGAAGUGUUCCCAGAAAAUGCUAGAAAACCAGUUGGGAAGCCGGACUAGGAAGAGGAGACCAGGUUAGAGUGUGACAUUAAGCCAAAUCCCAAGAAAGUGAACUUUGGCUCAGUCCUGCAGAAAUGCUCUGGAGAUGGCAUAGAUCACACCUCAGAAUGUCCCCAGUUAAGGAACAAGGGAGCUGGAACAUUCAUAUUCAUACCUUCUUACCCAUUGGACAUUAGCUAAUACUUAAUGAUAUCCCUGUGGAAACAAAUUUCUAGGCACUUCCCAGCUCUCCUGUGGGCGGACAUAGCAAUUUCCACAGCCUAAAGAUUUUCUUCCAGCUGAGGUCUGCCAGUGCAGAACACUGAAAGCACUGAGGCAGCAAACAAAACGAAAAAACAAAAAAGAUAAAGGAUACAAGGGACCUAAGUGGAGUAAGUGGAGCCCUGAUGGGGAUAUUGCUACUGUUAUAAAUA